AAUCGGCUCCACAUCAGAUGAACAGACUGCGGAAGUGUGCAAAUGUAGAGUACUUGAGCAAUCCCACACUGAUUUCAGCCAGAGUGACUGGAACAGACAUCUGCUAGCUCCUCUUUAAAGAAGAAAGGGUUUCACUUGACAUCACAAUGAGCAGUCGAGUGGAUGAUGUUAUGCAGCUUUGCUGUGAGGUCUCAGCCAGCAGGAAGAUGAAAGCAGCCGUGAAGAGCUCUGGAAAGGGAGCUGCAGCGGCUGGUGGAGGCGCUUUUGUAGGGGGAAUGGUUGGAGGCCCAGCCGGCAUAGCUGUUGGUGGUACUUUGGGAGGUCUUCUGGGAACUUGGAUGACCAGUGGCCAAUUCAAACCUCUUCCUGAGAUCAUCAAGGAGCUGCCUCCAAAAUACAAGGAGAAACUGUACUCUGAUGUCAUGGGUGCAUUGGGCACACUGGACUGGACAGACGUGGCUGGCCUCAUUGUUCUGGUUAUGGGCAGCGCCACUCUGCAAGAGCAAGUGUUUGCUGCUAUACUCACUUAUGCCACAAAAGAGCUCAAGGCUGAAGUGCAGUAUGGAAACUGACCACUUGAGGGUUGAUGUCAUCAGCCGGUGGUUCUCAAUCCUGCAUCCUGUUGCUUUUGCACUGGUGUUUCUCUUUCUUUGCAGCUCCUGUGCAGACUCUUUUUUUAGUCACUUAGUUAUUUCUAUGCAUAAUGCAGGCUAUUCUAAUAAAGCAGGUUAGUUUGUGGCUUGUUUUGUGGUGGUUUUCAGUUAAACCCUCA